GUUUGGAUGCAAGCACUAAAAAUAUUUUUGUUUUAAUAUAAUAGAUAUAAUAUAAUAGAUUUGGCCUUUCGUUUGUAAAUCAGACCUUUGGUUUGUUAAUUUUGACCUUCGGUUUGUUAAUUUUGACCUUUGGUUUGCUAAUUUAGCGGUUUCUUUUCUCAUAAACUCUUCGGAGGAAAGACGUUUGGUUGGUUAAUUAAACCGAACACCUUAAACGACACCGUACCGAACCCUACUCUUUAUCACCCCAAAAAAUUGCCACCGGGAAAAUUGUCAAAAUCCCUAAAAAAAUCUUUCCACAAUUUACCUCAGGAAAUGGCGGAAACCGAGACGAUCAGCACCACUUCCACCACACUUCCGGCGACGAAAAUCUCAAAGGAGGAGGAGAAUGAGCUGGAGAAGAAGCAGGGAGGCAUUUCGCUCCGAAUCUGGCCACUGUCUCAGAAAACUCGCGACGCCGUAGUCAACCGCCUGAUCGAGUCGUUAUCCACUGAAUCUAUCCUCUCUAAAAGGUACGAAAUUUUCCCUUCCAAGGAAGCUUCAUCCGUUGCGAAAUCCAUCGAGGAGGAGGCUUACGGCGUCGCCUCCGCCGCCGUGGUGGGUGAUGAUGACGGGAUUGAGAUACUUAAAGCUUAUUCCAAAGAGAUUAGCAAGCUUGUGCUUGAUUCUGUGAAGACUCGUCCUUUGGCUUCUCCAAACCCAAUCGCUGCCGAUGCGAAGGCCGAUUCAACUGAAGAUGUCAAAGAAGAGGAAGAAGCUCAUGUGGAUUCGGUGAAGGUCGAGGCUUGAAUUUGGUUUUUUUUUGUUAUCUCUUUGCUAGAUUCGUAUGAGAUGAGAUUCUUGAAAGUUCUUGUAGUGACUAAUUAUGAAUUUCUUAGUUUUUUGCGACCUGAUGAUGAUGAUUCUGGACAAUCUUCAUAGCUUUGAACAUUUCCUUUUUUUCUGUUUGUGUGUGCUUUUCGUAGUUUGCUUUUGCAGUUUCGCUUGCUUAAUUGUGUUAUUAAUUUCAUUAAUCUUACUUUUACAGAUCUAAUGUUUGGAUUCUGUAACUCAUGAAGUCCUAU